CCCCGCUGCUGCCGCCGUGCCGUGCCGUGCCGUGCCGUGCCGUGCCGUGCCGUGCCGUGCCGUGCCGUGCCGUGCCGUGCCGUGCCGUGCCGUGCCGUGCCGUGCCGUGCCGUGCCGUGCCGUGCCGUGCCGUUGGAACCGCGGUGCUCCGAGUCGCCGGGAAUGGCCCUCCGCGGGUAGCCGCUCCGCAGGACCGGGUGGAUGCUUGAGAGUGGAGGAUAAGGUACAAGUGCCUGGGACCGGUGGAAUGGAGGCCUGAUGUAGAUGGAAAGAUGGAUGAAGAAGAAGCUCUGAACUCUAUUAUGAAGGAUUUGGCAGCGUUGGGCAAAUGUGGGGGGCUGCUGGACAACAACAGGAAUAAAAACAUUGUCCACUCCAGCAAACAGCAGCGAAACAUCAGGAUCAAGUUUGAAUAUGAAGGAGAGAAAAGGAUUAUCCAGUUUCCAAGACCAGUCAGAUUCAAAGAAGUGGUGCAGAAGGUCACAGAUGCUUUCGGACAGACGAUGGACUUAGUCUGUUUGAACAAUGAGCUCCUGAUCCCGCUGAAAUCCCAGGAAGAUUUGGACAAAGCGAUGGAACAGUUGGAGCUGAGCCCUUCCCUGAAGAGCCUACGAAUCCUUGUGAGCACUCCAAAGAAAGCGAAUCUCCUCCAGCCAAACAACAGUAAACAGCAUGAAAUGAGGAUCUCCAGAUCCAUGGGUGAUAUCAUGGGAUCCCUGUACAAAGACUCCGAGAGGACGCGGAAGUAUUCAACAGGCUCUCUGCACACUGGUCGGAGCUCUCCGCCCCCGGGGAGUGUUCCCGAAGAGCAGCAACAGAUCGCUCGCCAGGGAUCCUAUACCAGCAUCAACAGCGAGGGAGAAUUCAUCCCCGAGACCAUGGAUCAGAACAUGCUUGAAGCUUUCAUCAGCCCUGAUGAGUCGCUGUCUGGGAGCUGCCAGUCGCUGGACAGAUCUGUGGACAGCCCUCCCUUUACCCAAACCCCUGUUCCUGGAAGGAAGAGCCAUCCCAAAGACAGUCUUGAUUGCAUGGAUUUUGACAUCCCAUUCUGCGAGAGGUUUGGGAAAGGUGGGACCUUUCCGAGGCAGUACCACCUCUCCCAAAGUCGCAAGGACUACAGUGACGGCCGGAGGACUUUCCCCAGGAGUUUCUUCCCACAGGAGAACCUGUUUCAGCUUGUCCCCUCUAGCCGAACCAAGAGCUUUAAUGGGGACAGCAAGCUCAGCACCUUGCAGUACGAUGAGUACAGGCCCAAAUGGUGGAACAAUUGUGAAAAAGGUCUGCAGGUCUUCAGCACCUCCCCUACGAAAGCUAGGAACUCCCUGCAGGCACCUGUGAACUGGAGGCUGGGGAAGCUGCUCGGAAGAGGAGCUUUUGGGGAAGUUUAUCUGUGCUACGAUGCUGACACUGGCCGGGAGCUGUCAGUGAAGCAGGUGCCUUUCGACCCUGACAGUCAAGAGACGAGUAAAGAGGUGAAUGCUUUAGAAUGUGAGAUUCAGCUGUUGAAGACUCUCCGUCACGACAGAAUAGUGCAGUACUACGGAUGCUUGCGGGAUCCGGAGGAGAAGAAACUGUCUAUCUUUGUUGAAUACAUGCCAGGGGGCUCAAUAAAGGACCAGCUAAAAGCUUACGGUGCUCUGACUGAGAACGUCACACGGAAGUACACCAGGCAGAUCCUGCAAGGAGUCUUCUACUUACACAGCAAUAUGAUUGUCCACAGGGACAUUAAAGGUGCCAAUAUUUUGAGAGAUUCUGCUGGAAAUGUGAAACUUGGAGAUUUUGGGGCCAGUAAACGCAUCCAGACCAUCUGCAUGUCUGGGACUGGGAUUAAAUCUGUCACGGGAACACCAUACUGGAUGAGCCCAGAGGUUAUCAGUGGAGAGGGCUACGGAAGGAAAGCUGAUGUGUGGAGCGUGGCCUGCACCGUGGUGGAGAUGUUAACGGAGAAGCCGCCGUGGGCAGAGUUUGAAGCCAUGGCAGCUAUUUUUAAAAUCGCUACCCAGCCGACCAACCCCCAGCUCCCCGACGGCGUCUCAAACUCCUGCCGCAACUUCCUCAAGCAGAUCUUUGUGGAGGAGAAGCGGAGGCCAACAGCCGAGGACCUGCUGAGACAUCCCUUCGUCAACUGCGGACUCUGAGCCCCCGGCAGCGGGGAUGGGGAAACGCCAGCGGGAGAGGGGCGGCCGCCAGACCUGUGGCCUUUUGCACUCUGCGGUUCAGACCUCCGCCCUGGGCUGUCCUGGCGGUGGCCCCACGGGUCCCUUCUUGCUCGUCACUGGCUUGUCACCCGCCACGUUGUUGGAUUUCCAACCUGCGCUCGGGACUGUCCAUUUCCCAGACUGUGCGGGUGCUGGCCUAGGACCAAGUAACCUUCUUGCCGCCAGCAACGUCGGGCUCAUCCCCCCUCGCCGUGUUACUUAUCUCUUGGGGAAAGUGUGGCAAAUGGGAUUUGUCCCUCUCCCAGCACGACAGCGAUGCUGGCAGCAUCCCCGGGAGCAGUGGAGGAAUAAGAUGCUUGGUGGCAAUCACCACCUUUUGCAGAGGAACAGACACCGGGCUUCAGCCAAGCCGGAGGAGAUGAUCCUCAGACCGCAGAGUCGGGGGGACCUGGGUGUCCCCAUUCACAAGGGGACCAAACCCUCCUGGAGGUCGCGGGACCAGCCAGCGUCUCCAGCGGGGCGGCGUUUAAUACUGUUCUGUGCCUUAAGCGGUUACAAUCAAGGAGUGAUGCUCUGACUCGGCACAAAGCAUGGAGUCGGGCUCAGUGAUGCAGCAGCCGUGUUGACUUUGCCUUUGCGCGCGUGUGUGUGUGUGCACGUGUAUGUGUGCGUGAGUCUUGGAAAAAGGGGUCUUCUCGGGGCGUGGGAAGUCUCUGCGGUGUACACGCAUGGACGGAUGCCUGGGACCUCUGCCGCGGGCCAUGCAGAGGGGUGUUUAAAAGCUGUGGAUACCCGCAGUGGGCAGGGCUGAGCGCCAGCCAGUUCAUGCUGGGAACCAUCAGGGCUCAGGUGGGAGCUGGAGGGGCUUUUGGCAAGGGCAGCUCUCAUAGCCCUGCUAACCUGUGCCUGUGCCGUCGUGCCCAGGCUGGAGGGAUGCUGCUGCCUUUUGGAAGCAGAGCUGCAGGAGGAGCCCAGUCAGUCUCUGUAAGACCCAAGGAGGUGCCUAAAAUUAGGCAGAGAGGGGAUCUGGCCUGCCGAGGGGUUGGUGCCUUCUCCUGUAUGACUUGUGGGACCAGCCCCAGUGCAGGGAAGGGGGAUGUCACCUCCACGGUAGUGGCCAGGGGACCAGCUGCGGGACCAUGGAGCCUUAGAACAGGAGAGUGGAGCUGCGUCGGUCGAGGGUGGCUGGAAGCAGAUUUCUUCCUGCAGUAUAUUUGAAGCUGUAGGAGAAAUCAGGGCAGCUGAAAGCACAAUUGGGCUACAACCCUUUUCAGCAGUACCACCCUGCUGGAAAACCUGGGCAGGGAGCAAGCACAGAGUCCCUGGAAGCUAAUUAAUUAAUUACAUCUUGGUUGUUUUGGGCAAAUUAAUUGCACCAUCCCACCUCUCCCCUUCCCUGCUGCAUCAGCCAUUUCCACCUGGCUCAGCAAGGGUCAAGUAGUUACUGGGGUGUUGCCAACUUCAGGCCAGUGUGCCAAGCGCUAGGUUUAUUUUCAUUUUAUUUUUUCAAUGAAAAUGAACAGUGUUGCUUGGUGUGAAGGGGAAAUUGAGAACAUGGGGGUUUGUGUGACUUUGCAUAUCCUUGAAUUCUUCUGUGUGGAAGAGCUGGAGCCUUUGUACCACCCGUGCGGCAGUAGGAGCGUUUCCUUGUCUGUGCUUCCAAAAAGAGAAGCAAAAAUUAGAGUUAUUUCCAUUUAAAAAAAAAUAAAA